UCCAGGGACAGAGUGAUGGGGACUAAGGAAGCGUCAGAGUCUCCAGGACGCCGCACCCCGCUCCGCUGCUCCCGCCCCUCAAACCCUGGGAGGGGCGGAGCAGAGGAAUCGAAAGAGAAAGUGGCGGAGGCUGGCGCCCCGGCCUUGGGCUCAGGGAUGGAGCUGCAGGCGCUGUGGCGGCUCUGGUUGCUCUGCUGCUGCUGCUGCUGCUGCAUCUGCUGUGGCUCCAGCGCCACCUUCACCUCCAACCGGCCGCGGAGCGGUGACCGACAGGCAGCCGCCUUCCGGGAAAGUCUUAAUAGACAUCGAUACUUGAAUUCUUUAUUUCCUAGUGAAAACUCCACUGCUGUCUAUGGGAUAAAUCAGUUUUCUUAUUUGUUUCCUGAAGAGUUUAAAGCUAUUUAUUUAAGAAGCAAACCUUCCAGAUUUCCCAGAUACCCAGCAGAAGUGCAAACAUCUCUCUCCAACGUGUCUUUGCCAUUAAGAUUUGACUGGAGGGACCGGCAUGUUGUAACACAAGUGAGAAACCAGCAGGCGUGUGGAGGAUGCUGGGCCUUCAGCGUGGUGGGUGCAGUGGAAUCUGUAUGUGCAAUAAAAGGGGAGCCCUUGGAAGACCUGAGUGUACAGCAGGUCAUUGAUUGUUCAUAUAAUAAUUACGGCUGCAGUGGAGGAUCUACUCUCAAUGCUUUGAACUGGUUAAACAAGACGCAAGUAAAACUGGUGAGAGACUCAGAAUACCCAUUUAAAGCACAGAGUGGCCUGUGCCAUUACUUUUCUGAUUCACAUUCUGGAUUUUCAAUCAAAGGUUUUUCUGCAUAUGACUUCAGUGACCAAGAAGACCAAAUGGCAAAGGCACUUCUUACUUUUGGCCCUUUAGUAGUGGUAGUAGAUGCGGUGAGCUGGCAAGAUUAUCUGGGAGGCGUAAUACAGCAUCAUUGCUCUAGUGGAGAAGCGAAUCAUGCAGUCCUCAUAACUGGGUUUGAUAGAACAGGAAGUACUCCAUAUUGGAUUGUGCGGAACUCGUGGGGAAGUUCCUGGGGAGUAGAUGGCUAUGCCCAUGUUAAAAUGGGAGGUAAUAUUUGUGGUAUUGCAGAUUCCGUUUCUGCUGUAUUUGUGUGAUAUGUUGGGAAGAUCAAGAGACCACUACAAAAAUGCAGGUUCAUCAUGAAAUGUAGUGUGGUCCUUCCUUUUUACCAUCAUUUACCUUUAGGCUUCAGCAACCACCCACAAAAGGUUCUGCUGCCUAGUAGUAUUUAAACUACGUUGUAAAAUUAUCCCUUCUUCUGGAGAGAGAGACAACCAAAGUCAGUAGGAAGAACACCAGCACCUGGCCUGGGAGGAAAUCUUUGGAAGUUUCCUACUCUGAGAUGAAGGUCAGAUUAGGAGAUAUUUUAGGUUUCUUCAAUUUGAAGAGGCUAUUAUCUGGUUUUGUCUGAUUGUUGUUUUUGUUUUUUUCCCCUUUUUUUUAAAUUUAAUUUUUUUUUCUUUUUUGAGUAAGAUUAGCCCUGAGCUAACAUCUGCUGCCAAUCCUCCUCUUUUUGCUGAGGAAGACUGGCCCCGAGCUAACAUCCAUGCCCAUCUUCCUCUGCUUUGUAUGUGGGAUGCCUACCACAGCAUGGCUUGACAAGCCGUGCCAUGUUCACACCUGGGAUCCAAACCAGCGAACCCCGAGCCACCAAAGUGGAACGUGUGAACUUAACUGCUGCGCCACCCGGCUGGCCCCCAUUUGUUUAUUUUUAAUGACGUACUUCUGGUAGGGUUAAAGGGGUGAUAAGAAAUUCUUUUCCUUUCUAGGAUAUAAUCACCAGCCUUAGCUUACUCCUUUAUGCAAGAAUAGCCAACCUAAAAUUAUCUGCGCCUCUCACAAUUCUAUCAGCAACCCUCUGAGAUGGCAUAUCGUAAGGAUUUUGAAAUACAAACUGCUUUACCUCAACAAACGGUGGUUACUUCUUGAACUGUAGAGUGAUCAUGUAGAAAGAAACAAAAGGACAGAAUCACUUUUUAAGAGAAACAGUUAAUGCGAUUGAAAUUAAAUGACCAAUAUGGCAGCUAUGUGAUAAGAAAAACUCGCGUAGUGUUGCCUGAGAGACAAAUUGUUAUUUGGACUUUGUCAUUGUCAAUAGGACUCCAGUAGAUUUUGUUUCUUAUUUUGUCUUCCCUCCAUUGGAGAACAAUGUGUUUUCCCACAUUUUCACACUCUUUCUCAUACUCUUUUCUGUGAAACUCCGAAGGUUUCCUGGCAGUUGGCUUCUCGGGCUAACGAAUUGUCUCAUUGUCUAUUUUCCUUUUCUAUUUUAUAACCAUUUAUUAUGGCUCCAUUGGUCUCUAAGCCUUUAUCGACAUCAGGAUCUCACCUUUCUCUUCCUCCCAUCAUUCAUAGGCACCGCCCCUUUCAAAGUCCAAUCUCAUUAAUCUGGAGUAUCAGCCAAAAUGCAAGUUCCCCAGUCUCUCUGUUUUCCCAAUCUUCUGCUUAUUUUUCCUAGACUCCCAUCCUAACUACUUUUUGUGCAUCCCUUUGGCUUUCACCUGGUUUCUAGUUCUUAAUGCUUGUGUUCUCUCUUGCAUAAAUCAUGAUGUGUGGUAAUGUGAGAACCUCAGAGCAUAAGAGCUGAUCUUCUGUUUGAAGACAAAUACAGCCAUAUUAAAUGAGUUCAUAUAAGAAAAUCAUAUCAAAUACUACAUAUAUUAAUAUUUCUUCUCUAAAAUUUAGGGUUGCUUUCUAAUGUGGAAUAUCUUAACAAAAACAAAAUUUUAAAUGUAGCAGCAACCACUAAAAAAAAUUGAGGACAUCCCAUUUUUCCUCUCACUGUUGGCCUUUAUUUAUCUAUCCGUUUUAUUAGAAGAAGAAAAUAAAAAAAAAACAAAACUGUAUUUAUUUUUCUCACACCAACCAGAAGCAAUCUCAAAAGAAUGUGUGUUGACUCAGGUUUAGAAGUCUUCCAGGAAGACAAUAUUGAUGUUUUAGUCGAUCAAUAUUCUAAUUAUCCAAGUAUGUCAAAAAGGAGCUUUGUCCUCGUUGUUGUAGUUUGUGUUCAUUUCCUGAUUUCUAUAAGACAUAAAUGGUUUUAUGGUACUCUUUUUUAAAUGCUAAAGAAUUCUUGCAAAUCAAAGUGAUAAAUACCUCUCGGCUCUUCUGGAUUUUGAUGACAUUUAUAAUAAAACAACCUAUAUUUAACUUUG